CCUUUUUCUUUCUCUCUUAAGAAUCUCAUUUCAGAUCCCAUUUGCAUUUUCAUCAAACACAAAUGAAGAAAUUCAUUCUCAAGUUAGAUUUGCAUGAUGAUAAAGAUAAGAGGAAGGCUCUCAAGAUAGUCUCUUCUCUUCAAGGAAUUGACUCAAUUUCAAUGGACAUGAAAGAAAAGAAACUAACCGUGAUUGGAACUGUUGAUCCGAUACCGAUAGUGAGCAAACUACGCAAGUUUUGGAACACCGACAUUAUAAGUGUUGGUCCGGCGAAAGAGCCAGAGAAGAAGGAGGAACCGAAGAAGGAGGAGCCGAAAAAAGAAGAAGCGAAGAAGGAAGAACCAAAGAAAGAGGAAGAAGGUAAAAAGGAAGAACCUAAGAAGGAUGGAGAGGCGAAAAAAGAGGAAGAAGGUAAGAAGGAAGAGCCGAAAAAGGAAGAACCUAAGAAAGAAGCCGAGGUUAAGAAGAAAGAGCCAGAGAUGGCCGGUUUCAUUCCUUUUCCUCGACAAUAUUACCCUCCUCCUCCUCCGCCUUAUUACCAAUACCAAUAUAAUUAUUUGCAACAACAACAACAAAAUCAAAGGUCUCAUUAUCCUCCCGCCAACACACAUUACUAUUACCAUCAGAACACCGAGGAGAAUCCGAAUACAUGUGUUAUUUCUUGAAUUUGGCGGUUUUAUUGUAAUUUGUUGGAUACGAUGAUAAGUUAAGACGGUUUGGUUGGUUGGUUGGUCGAUUGGUCGGUUGGUUGGCCUCGAGAACAAAGUAAGUAAAUCUUUGUGUAUAUAGUUUGAUAUUGAUGUUCUCUUGCCAAGAGAGGUCUUUUCUUAGAACAAAUUAAAUAAAUUUUGGCUAUAAUC